AUGAGCUUCACCUUGGCUAGGAUCUCUACAGAAUUGUUUUGUUGGCAAUGCCUUCCAAAGCAUGAGGAUGUUGGUCCAUUGCAAUGCAGAGCCCCGAGUGGCUCAGAGUUGCAGGAUUUGCCGAGCUCCGUUUCGGAAUCGGCCUUCCGCAUGUUCGAUGCUGAUGGCUCGGGAAAGCUGCAAAAGGCCUUGGCCUUGUGCUGUCAGCUUAUGUCCUCAGAUGAUGAGAAGAUCCGUUUUGUGUUUCACAUGUUUGACACCAACGACGAUGGGCUCUUGAGUUCUUUGGAAGUGGAACAGCUCGUAGAACACGCCUUGCGGGAGGAGGAAAAGUAUCUUCCAGCUGAAGAACACCUUCUCCAGGAAGUCCAGAAAAGAAAUUGGUCCCGUAUCUCCCAGCUGAAGCAGGAGUUGCUCGGGACUACUUCUCAGCCACUGUCCUAUGAUCGAUUCUAUGAGUGGGCCUUGCGGAACAUGGGCAGCCUAAACAAUUUGCUUUGUACUUUCCAAUUGGUGCCGGCUCCACAACGUGAACGGGCAGUGUGUGAGGAUAUCAUGCUUUGCAAUCCUGUGCUACAAGAAGGAUGCACAUGGUAUUGCAUUUCUCACAAGUGGCUGCAAGUGUGGAAGUCCUACACUGGUUGGAGUUUGCCCACCCGUCGUCGGGUAGCGUCCUCGCAUGCCUUGAAUGCUCCAGAACCGGUCAGAGAUCGUGAGCGGUGCUUUUCUGGUGAUUCUGGCGUCUCGCUGCCUCUCUUCGGCACCGUGGCUGCACGCACUGAUGAGCUCUGGGGUGAGCGUGCUGGUGGUUAUCAAAUCUUAUCAGCUCGACCACCCGAGAUCGACAAUUCCGAUUUGGAGGGGGAGCAUAAGGGUGAGUUGAAGAUGAACCUGGUGGAGCAUUUGGACUUUGAGCUAAUCCCAGAGCAGAUGUGGCUGAGACUGGUAGAAUGGUAUGGAGGUGGCCCAGCACUACCACGGAAGGUGAUUUGCAUGGGCCGAGAUCGCCACAUGCAGGUGGAGCUGUAUCCUGCGCUGGUUCUUGUGGUGGUAGCAGGCAACGAUGGCAAGCCAGUUCCGCAGUUCAGUCGCCGCUUCUUCAUCUCCAAGCAGUCGACAUUGGAUCAGACCCUUCUGAUGUUGGCGGAGAAGUUGUCGAAGCCAGUUGAACGAUCCCGGCUUUGGCAUCGUUCCAAAGGAGAGCAAUGGCGUUUGGUGCCAAACCCCUUGCUGACGAUGGAUGAAUUUUUAGAGGGCAAGGGCUGGGAUGCUGGUGCAUUCUUGCUGGAGACCAUGACGGAGGAUUCUGAGUGGCCGCGUGAUCGGCCAGUGGACACAGAGGCUGAAGACCUCACUGAAGAGGCUCAGGUCGGGCAAAGCUUCGAGGUGGGCGAUCGAGUGGAGGCACAGGGUGCUGGUACUGGCCAAUGGCUGCGAGGGACCAUAGUGGAUGUGGUGCUCCGGCAGACCGCCACACCUUCACAGGCACACUCAGACGGAUUUCAAGCCAUUCGAGAGCUUCGUUGUAACGUGAAGGUUCAUUUUGACUCUACGGUCUACAAGUCGGAUGAGUGGAUCAAUACCCAGCGCUUGGCACCCCUUGGGACCCACACAGUGGACCCGGACAACGACCGUGACGGCCAGUCCCUGUCAACUGAAUGUGUGCCUGGAGCUACAGGUCUGCAUAAUUUGGGCAACACAUGUUUCAUGAACGCCACUUUGCAGUGUCUGGCGAACACACCAUUGUUGCGCGAGUAUUUCCUCUGCUCGCAGCACUUGCGUGAGAGCAACGAGCGGUCCAAAUCCAAUUCCAAAGGGAAGUUGGCGCAAGAAUUUGGUUCAGUUUUUCUGGAGCUCUGGUCUGCAAAGAGUUGCGUGGUGAGCCCGCGGGACCUGAAACGAACCAUCGACCAGUUUGCUCCACAAUUCGCAGGAUACGAGCAGCAUGAUGCGCAGGAGUUCAUGGACUUCCUUUUGGAAGCCUUACAUGAUGAUCUCAAUCGAAGAGCUCGAAGUUUCUCAUCCAAAGGGAGCAGCCGGGCCGGUUCGAAGUCCAAGUUGAGGAAAGAGCAAAGUACUCCAAAGCUCUUCACAGCGAAGCCCUUGCUGACGCGUGGAAGUCGAGAAAGUACACCUCGCCGAGUCAAAGCUGUCUGGAAAGAACGUGGGGAGGAGGAGACGGGAAGUCACAACAGUGGGCCCAGUGAUGAAAUGACAGCAAACAUAGACCCGGAGCAAGUUCCAGCUGUUGCGGAGUCCCCUUGGGGUUUACGCGGUGGACAGGAAAAUUGGACGGUGACGGGCAUUUUCCGUGCAGCGGAGGCACCUGAUGUUCACAAAGGUCCGGAUCCUCCAGUUGGGCUGCCAGAUCUGCAGCACUAUGCAGAGGUUGAGCCGAACAGCUUUGUUCCGGAAGAGGCGGUAGACACCGGAAAGACGUUGUGGCAUCUCCUCGCUCUCCUUUGUCGCCGCACCCAGAUGAUUUGGUGCCAUCUGAACUGCGGGGAGGCGAUAAAUCGCCAACGACUGUGCAGGAUGGGUUUGAGGAUUACAGGCUGGGGAUCCAGGCACCACCAUCCAAGCCAAAGGCUCCAGUACCGGCAAAAGGAUCAAGGUGGUGGAGCUUUGCUUGGCGCCGUGAUGGUCGUGCUUUGGAUUUGCCACUUGGUGCUGGGAAGGACCCAAGCACUUACGCGACGUCCCGACAUCACAGUUGCAUUGAAAACUCACCCCUUUCGCUCCAUGAUCUCCAUGAGACUUGCUUUGCCCAGCGUUUGUGAAUGCUGGCCAGGUGCAGCGUGCUAUGACUUGAUCGAUGCAUCUGUAGAUGGUGGCUGUCAGCUGCGCGCAGAAGAUGGGCAAAUUAUUUCUGGAACUGAUCUUCCAGUGGCUUUUGAAGGCCUGGAGCUGUUCGAAGAAGUGCUUCCAGGUGGUGAAGAGAUGGAGAGGCAGAUACUUGAGACUUUGCAAUCAUGGCCGUGGCAACCUUCCCAAAGUGGACGAUGGAAGCAAGACUUCGGUCCAAAGGCCAACUUCAAAAAGCAGCAGGUUAAGUUGCCAGACACAUGGCAAGGCUUCCCCAGCUGGUCUCACGAGCUACUGCAAGCUAUGCAGGAGAAGACCACUACAUUAGAGACCUUCGACGCUGUCGAGUGCCUAUCCUUGUGGUACGAUGCAGAACGGGGAGCUAGCCAUGCACUACACGUGGAUGACUUGUGGCUUUGGGGCGAGCGGAUCUUAGGAAUCUCCUUGCAGAGUCCGUCGGUCUUCACUUUCUUCGAGCCCACUAAUGAGAUUUGUGUCAGAGUGACGCUGCCUCGACGAUCUGCCUACCUGAUCAACGGCAGAGUGCGGGUGGAUUGGCAGCAUGGCAUCCUGGCAGAGGACAUCAGUGGACCUCGCGUGGCGAUCACCUACCGGGAACUGACGCCCGAAAUUGCCACCUCCGAGGUCGGUCGCAUGGCGCUGGACCGAGCCAGGUUGGUUGCACUCCCUCCAGAGAUGAGUGAGAAAUGCAGCGAGGGUGAUGCAACUGCUGGGGGUUACAGAACAGCGGUGCCAUGUGACGGAGGAAAACAGGAUGCACAGGUGGAGCUUAUGAGUAUGAGUCAGUAUGAGCGGUUGCAAGAAAGUGAAGACUUCGUGCCAGAGCUGCUGACUCCGCAGACCAGCAGGCGAAAUCGCAGUCUCUUCGGCUGGCGUCGGCGGCGUGAGGAUGAAGUUCCUGGAGGUGGAACUCCUCGGAGGCGGUCGAAAACGCCUAGCACCAUGACAACUCUGCGGGAGGAGGCUGAAGGCUCAGAUGAGCGCCCUCGGGCAGGCCUGGCCGUACGUGUGACAUGUGCAUGGUGGAAGCAACCCAGGCGAGACCUGCCUGACUCAUGUGAAACUGACAAGUUGUGGUACCUGUGGAUAGCCUCUUGCCCGCCUUCUUCCGUAGAGCCAGCAGAGACAGGCAUUCACAUUAGCCCUUCUCCAGUCUCUGUUGCCAUCCCUGUUGCCUUCACUGUUCCGGACUCUCCGCCUGCGGACGGCAUUGGCACAUCGCCGAGCGAGGGGCCUGGUACCGAAGCUUGCAGCCCUUCGGAAGAUGCAAGCUCCAAGGCCACUCCGGGCCACACCUCGACCUUGCCUUUCUUCUUCCGUGCUCCCUGGUCUGCCAGAAGAGAAAUAUUCAGCUCCCCGGCAAGUCGCCAUGAAGAUCCUCGAGAAGGUGAGCAGCUGAUGCCGUUGCCAGGAACGGCUGAUGGUCAGGAAGCUAGUCAACCCAGCCGGUCCCCUGCUGUAUCACCCUCUUCGGAUGUGCUCUUCGGGCAAAAUGAAAGUGAGGUGGAUGAAACCAAACCGUCAGAGGAUGACUUGCCGGAUGAGGAAAAGGCGGCAUUGCAAUGGGAACGCUAUCGAGCACAAAAUCGGAGCCUCAUCGGAGAUAUUUUUGAGGGCCAGCUGCGAAGUCAUCUUCGAUGCAGCUGUGGGCACAACUCAUCCACUUUUGAACCUUGUCGUUACUUGAGUGUGCCAAUACCUUCGAAUCAUAUGGACCGGUGUGAGCUUAAGGUUGUGUUCUUUCCUGCUCUUGCAUCACCCAGAGACCGGCCUCAGUUGGUGCGCUAUACUGUGGCUGUACCUAAAUCUGGCACCGCCAAACGUUUGCAAAUGACUCUUGCACGGAAGCUGCCGGGCUCAUCAGUCCUCCUGGCAGAGGUCUAUCGAAGCCGCAUCCACAGAUAUUUGGAGCCAAACUUGCCUCUGUCAGACGUAAGGGCUGAUGAUGAGCUGGUAGCCUUCGAGGUACAGCAAAACGCUCAGGAUCUCUUGGAAUUUCAAUGCAAGUUGAUGGGCAUCCAGCAGCCUCAGGACUCCGUGGAUGAAAUGGAGGUGCUGAUGAUCCAGGUGUGUCAUCGUCACGUAGUGGACGUGUGUCGUCCAGAUGGCAAUACGUGGGCGCAGCGCCGGGAGGUAUUUGGUAUGCCUUUCGUGAUGAGUGCUGCAUCAACCUGGAGUUAUGCAACGCUUCACGAAAUGCUGAUGAUUCAUGCGCGAAGGUAUUUGAAACCAGGACGUGGCGAUUCCUUAGAUGGUCAGGUGCCCUUCGUUGCACGCAUUGUGAACGCAUCAGGGACGACCUGUGGCGCAUGCGACCGGACGAACUGCACAGGCUGUUUGUUGCCUAAAGGUUCUGCAAGGCUUCGCUUGAGAGCCGGACUGUUUGCGAGUGGCACAGCCAAGAUAUAUGUGGCGCUUGACUGGGUGGACUCUUCGGUGUAUCACAAGGAGGGCUACUCGGAGUACCUCGAAUCCGUCAGGGAUGAGGGUGGUGCUGAGGCCAGCCCGGAGGAAGCAGCCACGGAUGCAGAGGCUUCCAAGCUGGUUCCACUGAGCGCCUGUAUUGAUACCUUCGCCGAGUCGGAAGAGCUCAAGGAGGUCAAGUGUGACAAGUGCAAAGUUGCUGUCGACGCGACCAAGAAGAUGGAUAUCUGGCGAGAGCCGGAUUUGCUAGUCCUUCACAUCAAGAGGUUUCAUUUCAGCGGAGAACACUUUGAGAAGAUCACGACUCCAGUGCAGGUGCCUUUGAGGGAGCUUGAUGUAAGAUCCUGGAUGGGAGGCCCUACGGGUGGCAGUUGCACUGCCUACGAUCUUUACGGGGUGGUGUGCCACCGCGGUGGUAUGUCUGGUGGACACUACACGUCCUACUGCAUGAAUGAGGGCGGCAAGGAGCCCAAAUGGUUCAAGUACAACGAUGACUGCGUGUCGAUUGUCGACUUGGAACAGGAAUUGCCCGAGAUCUCAAAGCAGUGCUACGUGCUCUUCUACCGGAAGCAAGCGUUCUCAUCUUCCAACCUCAUCAAUUAUUCGUCUCUGUGAGGUGAAAGGGCGGCCUUUUUUGAGCUUUUUGUGCCACACGAACACUUAUUUACAUGACAAUUCAUGACAAUUCACAUCCAGAUGCCGUGGCUGCACAGCUGGUUGUUGCUCUUGCGAUUGCUACUACCUGGACCUGAACCUAGCCCAAGAAAUCCUGAAACACCCAG